AUGAGAACGGAAAAGGGGGGCGGCAGGAAGCGAGGGGCCUGCCUCCCCGGCUUCCUUAUCCCACCCCACAGCUCUGUCCUCGUACGUCUGGCCGGGUUGGUGUCUUCCGUGCACGCUGUGCUGGCCACCGGGUCGGGGAUCAUCAUCAUCCGCUCCUGCAAAAACGUGAUUUCAGACAGGCACUGGCUUGCCCGGGAAUAUGUUUGGUUUUUGAUUCCAUACAUGAUCUAUGACUUCUAUGCCAUGUACCUCUGUGAGUGGUACAGAAGCAAGGAGGAGCACCGCAAACAUUCCUUUACCACUUUCCAAAACUUACUGAUUCAAAACCGCCUCAUGGUCACGCACCAUUUAGUCAUCCUGCUCGCCCUCGUGCCCGUUGCACAGAAGCUUCGGGGAGACCUGGGGGACUUCUUCGUGGGCUGCAUCUUCACAGCAGAGCUGAGUACUCCGUUUGUGUCGCUGGGCAAAGUUCUGAUUGAGCUAAAGCAGCAGCAUACCCUUCUGUACAAAGUGAACGGAAUCCUCACCCUGACCACCUUCUUUUCCUGUCGGAUUUUGCUUUUCCCCUUCAUGUACUGGUCCUAUGGCCAACAGAUGGGGAUAAGCCUGAUUCUAGUGCCAUUCCAGAUCCCUUCCCAUUGCAAUUUGGCCAAUGCCAUCCUCAUAGCACCACAGCUCUACUGGUUCUCGCUGCUGUGCAGGAAGGCAGUCCGCCUCUUUGACGCUCCUCAAACCAAAAAGGAUGGGUAA